AUGGCUAUGGUGUGUCUUUCAGACUUUGAAGCUCAUGCUAAAAAGUAUUUACCCAAGAUUGCUUGGGAUUUUUUUGCAGCUGGAGCAGAUGACUGCAGCACUCGAGAUGAAAACAUCCUGGCAUAUAAAAGAAUUCGUUUCCGGCCACGUAUGUUGCGGGACGUAUCCAGGAUGGACACUAGGACCAAACUCCUGGGAACUGAAAUCAGCUUUCCUGUAGGAAUUGCCCCUACUGGCUUCCACCAGCUAGCAUGGCCUGACGGAGAGAAAAGCACAGCCAGAGCGGCCAAGGUGAUGAACACCUGUUACAUUGCCAGCACCUACUCCACCUGCACACUGGAGGAGAUCUCUGCGGCGGCUCCCGGCGGCCUACGCUGGUUCCAGCUCUACAUCCACCGCAACAGGGUGGUUUCCCAGCAGCUAGUCCAACGGGCGGAGGCCUUGGGUUUCCAGGGCCUCGUCCUCACUGCAGAUCUGCCCUACACGGGCAAAAGACGUGAUGAUAUCCGCAAUGGUUUCCGCCUUCCUCCCCACAUGAAGCUGAAGAACUUGGAAGGAGCCUUUGAGGGAGAAGACUGUUCUGAGUAUGGGCUGCCACCCAACAGCUUAGAUCCUUCAGUCACCUGGAACGAUAUCUACUGGCUGCGAAGCCUGACCCACCUGCCCAUCAUCAUCAAAGGUAUCUUGACAAAAGAAGAUGCAGAGCUGGCAGUGAGACAUGGAGUGCAGGGAAUUAUUGUGUCCAAUCAUGGUGGAAGGCAGCUGGAUGGAGGACUGGCCACUAUUGAUGCUUUGGUGGAGGUUGUGGAGGCAGUACAAGGAAGAGUCGAAGUUUAUUUAGAUGGUGGAAUACGAAAAGGAAGUGAUGUAUUGAAAGCACUAGCACUGGGAGCAAAAUGUGUCUUUAUUGGAAGACCAGCUUUAUGGGGUCUGGCUUACAAGGGUGAAGAAGGUCUUCAGGAUGUUCUGAGGAUUUUGCAGGAUGAGUUUCGCUUGUCGAUGGCUUUAGCCGGCUGUGCCAGCAUUUCAGAGAUUGGCCGACACCUAAUCAAGUUCCCUAAGCUGUGA